CUCGCCUCGAGAUUUUUGUACUUUGCAUACAAAGCCCAUGAUAAUCACAUCUCUAGUAUCUGUAAUUGGCUUUGUUUUGUGCCCAUUUCCCUCUAGAAUAGCCCCUCGUUUACCUGAUUUUGUCGAUCCUGGAGGGUGCGCUGAGCGCGGAGACGGUGGUAGGCAAGAGGUACAUCAAUGGAUGCUUGUCCUACCGACGAUGAUCUGGCAGACGAAGCAGCCAAAAUCAGAGAAACCGAGCGGCCGCGGCGCAAGAAUUCGCCUACCGUUAGACCUAUAACCGAGUCGGCCUCGCAGAGAGACACUGGCACUAGGUAUUCUAUUGCUCAACGGUCCCAGGCUCUUACCCUGCAUUCCAUCGGUUGGAAAACUGCGCAAAUUGCAGCCUAUACCAAGAUCCCUGAGCGAUCUGUCCGAGCGAUUGCGGAGAAGGCAAGGAAGAGAGGAUUUACGCCGCAAGAGGAUCCUCGAGUCCUCGACCAUUUCGUUGAGGAUGGAUAUAAACCAGGGCGUCCAAGAGAAGUGUUAGAAGUCAAGGAAGAGGAAGUUCUGAGUUCAUUGAGAACAAAUAGAUCCACAAGAGAGAAAUCCGCAGAAGUUCUAGCCUAUGAGCAUGGUGUUAGCACAUCAACAGCCCUUCGCAUUCUUCAUAAACAUGGCCUAAACAGCGUAAAACCAACGACAAAACCAGGCCUUAAUCUGGAGCAACGUGCGGCGCGGCUUGCGUUUUGUCUUGCGCAUCAAGAUUGGACCCUCGAGGAUUGGAAGAAGGUAAUUUGGAGCGAUGAAACGAGCGUUAUCCUGGGGCAUCGACGAGGUUCUAUCCGGGUAUGGCGGACACCUGAAGAGCCAUUUGAGAAGUCUGUUAUCCGUCGUCGCUGGAAAGGUUACUCAGAAUUCAUGUUUUGGGGUUGUUUUACUUACGACAAGAUUGGUCCCUGUCAUAUCUAUCGAGCAGAGACUGCCGCAGAGAAAGAGGCGUCUCAGAAAGAGAUUAAUGAGUUAAAUGAGGCUCUCGAGUCAGAAAAACGUAAGGAGUGGGAAUUAUCAAAUGGCGUAAGACGGCUAGGCCUCAGAAAUCUCCCAGGACGCAAGCCAAAAUGGCGCUUUACUAAAGAGACAGGUAAACUGGUAAGACGAGGUAAGGGAGGAAUUGACUGGUGGCGCUAUUACAAGGAGGUUGUUCUCCCAAAGCUGAUUCCAUUUGCUCGCGAGUGCGGCCCCGAUGCUAUCAUCCAAGAGGACAAUGCCUCACCACAUGCCUAUCACUUCAUCGGACGAACUUACUCUAUACAAGGCCUCAACAGGAUGCUCUGGCCAGGCAACUCCCCUGAUCUCUCUGCUAUCGAAAAAGGCUGGCCAUGGAUGAAAAGAGUUACUACCUUUAAGGGAGCUCCGCGGACAAGAACUGACUUGGAAACCUCAUGGAUGAGCAAGUGGGGAACAAUCCCACAGGACUCAAUUCGAGGCUGGAUUGAGGGCAUCAUGGAGAAUAUCAAAAAGGUCAUUGCGUUAGAGGGCGGCAACGAGUACCCUGAGGGCCGCGAGAGCAAGAGAUCAUAUAAAGGGCGCAGGCGCAUUGGAGAGCUGUUUAAACACUCCUGGAUCCAAGACGAUUAGGAUAGCGACAGCGAGGACAGCGAGAACAGCGAUGACUAUGAAGAUAUAGAGACAGAAGAGGAGGACGAGUUUGAUGCGGACACUACCAACUGAUUGAACAGCCGACCUUGCUUUCUAUGGGAGUGCCAUAGUAAAAGAGGCGGAGGGUUUGGACACAAGGACAGGCAUGGACAGGUAGAAAAGGCAUGGACAGACGGAAUGCCUCCCAAAUCAAUAGGAAUGCCUCAAAAAUCA